UCUGGCUCCAGAGCCACAGGUUGGCCACCCCUGGCCCAGGAUCUAUGUCUGGAGCGCCCAGCUCUGGGCCUACUUCCUCCUUUUGCUUUCCUCCCACUCCCCUAGGCUUGGUGUUUCCCACAGGUGUGGCAAGGCCAGCUUCAGCCACUGUGUCCCAGUCAGAUCAUUAACCCCUUCCCUCCUUGCUCCAGUAAGGGGUUUGUGCACCUUGACACACUAAUGCACUGGGUGUGUCUGGAAUGUUUCAUUUUCUCUGCCAGAUUCUGGAUUUUACACUUAUUAGUGGUUACAGGCCUGACUGCUCUGAUCCACCUGGGCCACUGUGAAGUUCUGUCCUUGUGUCAUCAGUGCAUUUGAUCACAGAUGAAUUCACACUAACCCUGGGAACAUAAAAGACGUUAACAGAGUCCAGGACCCAAGUCAGACAGAGAAAUAGAAAGAACUCUGCUUGGAGCCUUUGCCCACGGGACAUUUUCCCCCUAUCCCUCAGAGUGAAGCUUUCUCUGAAGACUGCCAAGGCCCAGCAGAAGCUUUUUAGAUGGCCAGACUGCCUCUGAUUUCAGGAGCACAUGCUCAGGCUUGGAAGGAUUCAAUUUUUGUUAUCAGUAAAUGUUAGCAAACAUCGAUGUUACCACACACAGACAAACCGGUGAACAAAUAUUUCCAGUGGUGAUAACUGAAAUUUACAGAUAGGCAAAGUAAGACAAAUGCUGCUUGGGAACUUCAGAGUCAGCUUGAAGGAUGUUUACUCUAUGUUCUGACAUGUGAUGCUGACAGUUUGUGCUUUGAUCGUUAUAACAUUUUAUUUUUUUGAAUAUUGGGGGCUACUGUCAUCAAAUAACAAUUGUCUGACCCCCUCGACUUCCCACAACUGUGAAACUUUAAAUAGAUGAAUGUAAAAAAAAAACCCCAAACUUAAAUGAAUAUUGAUCCUAUCCAUCAAAACUGUUAAAAAAUAAAUCAACUUCUGCCAAGCCGCUUAUGCGCCACUGAGCACCUGCCAGCCAUGUCCCCUUCCUUUAGUCCAGACUGUGAGGUCACUGCAGAGUUCUGUGAUGAUACAGCAAAGAACCUUCUGAUCUGCGCAGGGAACAAGAAGGAGAAGCCAAGCUGGACUCAUGAAUCCCCAGAGCCCAGAGGAUGCUUCCCAAACCAAAGUCAGCUCCCCAUUUACGCUGCUUCCCCGAGCUGACGCCAUUCGCUCCAAGCUGAUCUACACCUUCUACUUGAUUGACCACCUUCAGGGACUGAGCCAUGCCAUCCCACGGCACAAUAUCCAGGAUUUCCUUGGAACCGCCUGGGCGGAGUUCUGUGUCACUGUUCCCUACAGACCCCAAGAAGCAGAGGAAGCUGAUGUUCACAGACCAUCACCAGCUGGUUCGUUUCAACAUAACCCCAGUCAGGAACACCAUCAUCACCCCAGAGAAACGCCUGCGCAACCGCAUCCAAGUGCGCUGCAGCCGCUGGCCUCCCCUGACCAUGUGGGCAUCCUGGGUCCUGAACAGUACCAUCUUCAAAAGCUUCAUCAUCUGUCUCAUCUUCCUGAACAUGCUGGUUCUUAUGAUCAAGAGUGAGGUGAUGGACAAGAUGGAUGCCAGCCUGGUGAGCCUGAAGCUCACCUUAGAGGUGACCGUCUGGGUCAUCCUCCUCAUUUUUAUCAUGGAGAUUUUGCUGAAUUGGAUUGUCAGUUUCAGAGGCUUCUGGAAAAGCAGCUGGAAUGUCUUUGACUUCAGCGUUACCAUAGUGUCCGUGAUCCCUGAGUUCCUGGACUUGACUGGCAUAACCAACAAGAUAGCUGCCCUGAGAAUCAUCAGGGCCUUUCGCAUCCUCCGCACCUUAAAGCUCUUCUCGAAAUUCCGGCAAGUUCGGGUGAUCAUCCUGGCAAUAGCAAAGACCUUGAAGGCCAUGACCUUCAUCCUGCUGCUCUUGGUGGUUUUCUUCUAUGUGUUUGCCGUAUCUGGCAUCUUCUUCUUCGAGAGCUACAGUCGGUCAGACCGCACCGACCUGGAGUACAGCAAGUAUUUCAGGGAUCUCCCCAACACCCUGGUGACAUUGUUCAUCCUCUUCACCAUGGAUCACUGGUACGCCCUUCUCCAGGACACCUGGAAGAUACCUGAGAUGAACAAGCUCAUCAGCAGCCUCUACAUCAUCCUCUGGCUGCUGAUUGGAUCCUUCAUGUUCAGGAACUUCUUCGUGGCAAUUAUGGUGACUAAUUUCCAGACUAUCCGGAGUGACCUGGCUGAAGAGGUGAAGCAGAUAGAGGCCCAGAAGAAAGCAGAUUUAUUUAAAAUACAGAUUAGAGAGAGCAGGUCUCAGGCCUCAGGCUUGGAGGUGGGCCCAGGAGCAGAGGCAACCCCUAGUGCGCAGCAGUUGGAGUACAAGGUGGUAGUGAAGCAGAGCGUGAAGGACUUGGACUGGGAGACAUACAUCCACCAGAACCUGCAGAGCCUAGUGGAGGUAAAUGAGGAUGGGCAGGUGGUGUGGCCCAGCGACUCCCUCUUCCGUUACUUCGAACUGCUGGAGCAGCUGCAGCACAACCUGGAAGAGCGCAAGAGGCUGCAGCACUAUGCAGUCAUGGCCUUAUUGAACAUGGAGGACAAGUAGGGAGCCGCGUCCAAGGGGCUCAGUGCAGCAGGAGAGCCCUUCCCACAAGGGGAGAAGUCAGCACCACUACGCUGCAGAGAUAUAACUACAGAACUGUCUGCAGGAACAGCUGCCCCAACCCCUUCCUCCCUCCCCGGCCUUCCGCAUUCCCCCUCCAAUCCCCACACCAAUCCUGCUGCAGGCUCAAGGCAGCUGGCCUUAGAGGCCGUCUUAAGACCUGGGCUAGAUUAAACAGGAAGUAGCUGACCCUUGUACUUUUGGCAGCAUGUGCUCAUUAAACAGCUGAUUCAGCCUUC